GCGCCGGCCAUGGCAAACUGCACUCGAUGGUGUGGUUGAAGCUUUAGUAAUAAAUUACUAAUAUUCUUUUUAAAUAAAAAAAAUUGCAGCUCGAUUCACAAUGGCGUUCUUAGUACCGAUACUGGUAUGUGUGGUGUGUGUGUUGUUCUCUUACUAUCUGUGGAAGAAGAGUUGUCCUGACACGGACAAUGAACCUCCGAUGGUCCCUGGCGGCCUGCCUUUAUUGGGACAUGUUCUUAAAUUCAUGGGAGACAGCAUCCAUCUGUGGCGUGUCUUAAACGAUUUUGCGAGCAACAGUUAUGCUAAUGGCGGGGUAGUUGCAGCUUCAGUUGGGCCUAGGACUAUUUAUAUGGUGACGGAUCCUGAUGAUAUCUUCACGAUAACCAACACCUCUUUAGAUAAGGACGACAUCUAUGACCUUGGAAGACCGUGGAUCGGGGACGGACUCCUUACGGCUAGAGCCUCAACUUGGAAGAUUAAAAGAAAGCUGCUGAAUCCGGCCUUCAGUCAAACUGUGAUGGACAGUUUCAUGGGUGUCUUUAAUAAACAGGCACGGAAACUGGUAAAGGAUUUGGAGCCAGAAGUAGGGAAGGGCCCCUUCGACCACUGGACGUAUACCAAGCAUAACGCUCUUGAGACCAUAUGCU